UCUGUCAGUUUUGAAUGCCGACGGCAAGGGCUGCAGUUGCUUCUGGAAAACAUGAAGUCUCGUCUCUGGUACGUCUUUGUCUUCUGCUUCCAAGUUAAAGUUCUCACAGGAGAAAUCAGUGAUACUUGCAAGUAUGGGAUGUUUACGUUUCAUCGUGGAGGUGUACAGGUUUUAUGCAAAUACCCGGACAUGGUUCAGCAGUUUAAAAUGCAGUUACUCAAGGGGAAGCACAUACUCUGCGAUCUCAGUAAGACAAAGGAGAGCGGAGACAAGGAGUUCAUUCGGAAGCAGGUGUCCUGCCAGCUUCAGUUAUCCAACAACAGUGUCUCUUUCUUCCUGAACGACUUGGACAGUUCUUACGGCAGCUAUUACUUCUGCAACAUAUCAAUUUUUGAUCCUCCUCCUUUUCGACAGAUUCUUACAGGAGAAUAUUUGCAUAUUUAUGAAUCACAGCUUUGCUACCACAUGAAAUUCUGGUUACCGAUAGGCUGUAUAGCUUUUGUUGUGCUGUACAGUUGUGGAUUCAUAUUAAUUUUUUGGAUGAAAAAAAAGAAGCGUGGAUCCAGUGUGCAUGACCCGAAUAGUGAAUACAUGUUCAUGGCUGCGGUAAACACAGCUAAAAAACCAAGGCUUGCAGAUGUGACCUCAUAAUCUGGAUCUCUGGCAUCCAAGUGUGCACCACGCUGGCCAGUUCUCCAACACGUGACGUGCGAAACUCUCUUGCUUCCUGGACCACAGACACCCUGACUUGAUUUGACUACGUGUAUCUCCUGCCUGCAUUUUGUUCCAUCUGGGUCAAUAACUGUUUCUAUCAAUAAGGAUGUUUAACGGACUGCCUCGGCAUUGCUGACUUCUUUUAAAGUGAACAUCCUCUUGCAACUAACCUUAUAGAAAAACGGUCUUGCUCGUGUGUGCUCAAUGAACAGACUUCACAGGGAUGGAAUUCCUGCUACUCUGCACCUGCUCCUUGCAAUGCACCAGCUGGUAAAGCAAAUACAUCCACACAAAAAAAGUUGAAAAGAUGCUAAGGGGUAUUCAUCUGCAAAGCACACAGGCAGCCCUGGGCCGGUAUUCAUCCUCGUUUUAUGAACAGACUACCUCCUCUUUCUGUAGGAAUGGGAUUGCCUUUUAAUUCAGACAGUAGAAGGAGAUGCCCCACAGCUACAGCUAUCUUGUUUUGGAGAUGUUGGUGCGCAUUAUGCCGAGCAGGUACUGUAGUAGCUACACAAUAUUCUCCUCUGAUUUCUGAACAUCAGUUGGUCACUCCCCCAAGGGUUUAAAUGCCUUGUCUUGCCUUUAAUUUUUUUUUUAAAUACUUCUACCUGCCUACUUGACAGCCAGUGGCCACUCUGAAUAAGGAGCCGUGUCUACAUUUUUUCUUCUUUGCUGCUCAUUGAAGUUGUGUUAUACAUAGCCCCUAUAAUUUGUCUGUAAUUUGUUUAUAUUCUCUCUAUAAGAAAAUUUUUGCUCCAGAAGGACAUCUUCUUUCCCCAAAUUUAUUUAAAAUUGUUCACAUCAUUGAUAUUAGUGAUAGGAAACACUGCUCAGAAAGAAGAACAAGUUCAUCUUAUUAUCCUGUUUUCUAUCAUUAUCUGUGUUUUCAUGGUGCUAUUCAUCCCAAGUGUGGCUCUUUUUGUAGAUAACAUUAAAAUUGCAAAUGAACAAGCCCCUGUUUAACUGGUAAGCAUUCUCCUGGGGUAGAGUGGAUCCUCUAUUUGGUCCAGAAGCCACAGUUACUGAAGGCUCCUGCCAGGCUGCAGUCACGCUGCCUCUGGGCAUGACAGGUCCACACUGUCCGGAUCCCAGAGAAGCAGAUCCUUCACACCAGAGUGGAAACCUAGGCUGAGCAGCUCCCUGGAGCCUGGGACAGGCAACUGCUUUGUCCUCGGAGGAGGUCGAAGUCACCUGGGAAUCAAUGUAGCUCUUGUCAUUCUAGGAGCUGUAAAGAAACACGCAUCGCAUGACCCAGAGCACACUUCCCUUUCCCAGGAGCCAUUCAGCCUAGAAACUGGCUCUGGUCUUUUAUGACAGUUUUCUAUAGGGCAUAGAUUCUCCAGGAAGUCUUAAAUACGUGCAACAUGUUAUUAUCCUUAGCUGGAAUAUUUUCCCUUUGUCCACAUGCCCAAAGCUUCUGAAACAGCCAGUGUGUAUCCAGUCAAAAUUGUAACUCUAUGCAAAAUGGUGUUACUUUAGUAGUUCUGAAGUUACUUUGAGAGUGAGACGGGAUGUGUCACUGUGUGUACUUAUGUUAAGCAUGUGUAAUGCUGGACCUGUACAGUAUAGUACUGAACUUAUCCAAAUCAAGUAUGAUGUUCUCUGUUUUCAGCAGACUUGGGCCAUCUGGGUGGCUUACAGAGGGGUCCCCUGAGUUGGUUGUACCUUUCUACGUGGUGGUGAGGAUACCAAAGCGUGGUUGCCCCGAACUGUAUCUUGAGGUAUCCUCAUCAUCUUCAACAGUGAACAUUUCAAAAGCAAUUAUUAAAGAACAAAAUUUCUGUGAAAUGAAGACUGGUUUUCAGAAGAGCCAUUUAUCAGAUGGAUUUUAGCAGUACUAAUAAUUAAAAAAAAUAAACAUUUGAUAUAUGCAACAACUGAAAAUACCUCAGUGUUUUCUUGGGACCGGGGAAUGAUUGUUUUAGCUUAGCACUUGCAAAUCUGAAUACUUUUGAAUGAUCUUGUCCAUUACAUGGGGUAGUUGCUUUUUUCAUCUUAUAUUCUGCUUUUUAUUUACUGAAACAACAACAGACUUAGCUAGAGCACAGCAAGACUGUUUGUUACCUGCAUGAUACUUUUUCAUACCACCUCUGAAAAAGUAUAUUUUUCCUACAAGAGAAUACUUUGGUCAAU